UUCCGUGCUCUGUCGUCAGAGGUCUGAGUCGCCCCAGGGGCAGAAUCGAAAGUGAUCGCUGCUCCAAGUCGAUGCUGUUGUACUGGGGCUGAUGGUUUUUCAGUAGAUCGGCUGCUCAGAAGAAGCCUUACCCCACAACGCUGGAGAACCUGGCCGUCAUCUGAGAUGGCAUCUUUGGGGCGCAGCCUGCAGCCUGCCAGCACAUCGGCCUCCACAGAGACAUCCUUGGCGGAACUCUAUGCUCAGGUAGACCUCCGCCUGGGCUGUGCCCACUGCACCCAGUGCCUCAACGAGAGCACCUACAUCCUGUAUGACGUGGAGCACGACUGCCUCACGGAGAUCUUGCUGGUCCGCUACAAGCAGGGUGCCAGGGACAAGGUCUGGCGCAAAGUAGGCCGCCGACCCAGCUUCCCAAGACCUAGCCGCUAUGAAGUCUGUCGCUACUAUAGCCCAGGGUUGGGCUGUAGGCGCCACCGAAACAGAUGCACCUUUGCCAGCAGCUCUGAGGAGGCGCUGGUCUGGACAUUUGAGCGCAAGCACAACCUUUCCCGCCUGAACUUGAAAGCUGCUGUCCGGGGCACUAGAGCCCUGGAUAGGCCACAGACCCCGGCCGACACCAUCCGAGCAGAGUUCGGCGGUCAUUUCCAACUGCUCUGUGCCCUUUGCUUCAAGUGCCGUCCCUCAUGCCUACGCCCUGUGGAUCCCAGGGGCCAUUGCCCUAGGCACCAAAGCUGCCCCACACUCCUCAUCCAUGUUAUAACCGAGGGCAGGAAGCGGCAGUUUGUGGAAGUGCGGCCACAGCCACAGAACAGACGUCCUUUGAACUACUGCAGGUUUGUGGGCCGCGGGUUACCGUGCCGCCAUGGGGUCUCACGCUGUGAGUUUGCACACAGUGCUGUGGAGAUGGCUGUGUGGAAGGCGGAGCAGCUGGAUGGACUCCAGAGAGGAGACCUGCUCACAUACCCUCUCCUCAGAGAGGACAAAUGGAAGGCCAGCCAGGGUCAACCUCCUGUGAUCCAACUGUACUGCCACGCCUGCUUGGUCACCUGUAGUUCUCAGGAGGCAUUUGAGAACCACUGUUCCUCCCUGGAGCAUGCGCAGAUGGUGGCCUUUGACCAGGCUGUGCCCUGGAAUCACUGUGCCCCACCAAUGGGGCUCUCCAAAUUUGAGCUCUGCCCUAGGCCCGACCUCUGUGAGUACGGAGAUGUCUGCAUCAAGGCACACUCAGAACAGGAGCUGCAGGAGUGGGUUCAGCGGGCUCGGGCCGUGGAGAUGAGAGAACAGGCUGCCUGGCAGGAUGGGCUGGUGUCUUACCAGGCACGGCUGCUAGCUGAGUACCGGUGCAGCAGCAAAGAGGUGUUGGUGAUGGCUGAGACUGUCGAUGGGGUGUCUGUCACCUGCCACCAGCCGCUAGUGCAUCAGGCCCAGGCGAAGACAACUCAGCACGACUGGAGGUUCACCAUCCACUCUGAGGAUCCCUUGUUACAUGUUGCUCUGCUCAAGCAAGAGCCUGGAGCGGCCUUCUCACUGGUGGCCCCCAGCCUCCCACCAGACCAGCUCUAUGCACAGGGAAGGCACUUCCAUGUGCCCGGCUCCCCAGCCGAGUUCCAGGUAGGGGUGCGCGUACAGGCUGCCUCCUUUGGCAGCUUUGAGCAAUGGGUGGUCUUUGACUUCGGUCACAGACCGGUGCUGCUCCAGAAGCUGAAGCUGCAGCUGGGCCAGUCACACAGUCCCGGGCUCAGUGCAAAGCCGGCAUCCAGUCACUCUCAGGAGCUGGAAUGCUGGCACACGGGCAACCGCCGCGUGGUGCGUGAGGUAGACUGGACACCCGAGCAGGAAGCCCUGAUGGCCAAGUACAAGGUACCCUCCCUGGCCCUGGAGUUCAGUCACAGUGGUGUGGUCUGGGGCCCCAUCUCUCGUGCAAACUACCGGCAGAGGAUGCACAAGUUUCUCUAUGAGGAGGAAGCCGCUCAGCAGCAGCUGGUAGCCAAGCUGGCCAUGAAGGGUCAGGUAACCCUGAAGACAGCACUGCAGACACCAGCACUCGGCAUGCUCUUUGCACCACCAGGAGCCCUCUAUGCCGAGGUCCCCUUCCCCUCUUCUCUGUUGCCAGACACUGACCAGGGCUUCCUGCUGGGCCGAGCAGUCAGCACAGCCCUUGUGGCUCCCGUGCCCGCGCCUGACAAUACAGUGUACCAAGUACGGCUGGAGACGCGGGCCAGCUCGGAGAAUGCACUGUGGCUGCUGUUGCCAGCGCGGUGCUGUAUGGCUUUGGGGCUGCAGCCGCAGGACAGCCCCGUCUUGGAGGUGCAGUUCCAGAUCGACCCUCUGACCUUCCGGAUCUGGCAUCAGGCGGUAGAUGCCCUGCCUGAAGAGCGCCUGGUGGUCCCUGACCUGCCCACCUGCUCCCUGCCCGAACCCUGGCCCACCCCACCCUCGUUUCGUGGCAACCACAAGCAGAAGCUGGCUGUGGGACUCAUUGCAGGCAGAAGACCUGAGGGCACAAAGCCCAUUCCACCACUUCUCAUCUAUGGCCCCUUUGGCACUGGCAAGACCUACACGCUGGCCAUGGCCGCCCUAGAGGUUGUCCAGCAGCCCCACACCAAGGUGCUCAUCUGUACACACACCAACAGUGCUGCGGACAUCUACAUCCGGGAGUACUUCCACAGCUAUGUCAACAGCGGCCAUCCAGAGGCAGCUCCACUCAGGGUGAUGUACACAGAUCGCCCUCCAAGACAGACCGACUCAACCACGUUGCAGUACUGCUGCCUGACUGAGGACAAAAAGGCCUUUCGCCCACCCACGGGAGCAGAGUUGGUACAUCACCGAUUGGUGGUCACCACCACUUCGCAGGCUCGUGAGCUCCAGGUGCCGGCUGGCUUCUUUUCCCACAUUUUCAUUGAUGAGGCAGCCCAAAUGCUGGAGUGCGAGGCCCUCAUCCCACUGGCCUAUGCCUUGUCAUUAACCCGUGUAGUGCUGGCAGGGGACCACAUGCAGGUCACGCCUAGGCUCUUCAGUGUGCCCAGGACCAAGGCAGCUGGGCACACACUCCUGUAUCGCCUCUUCCUAUACUACCAGCAGGAGGUACACAAGAUUGCUCAGCAGAGCCGCAUCAUCUUCCACGAGAACUACCGUUCAACUGCGGCCAUCAUCAACUUCGUCUCCCACCAUUUCUAUGUAGCCAAGGGCAACCCCAUCCAGGCCAGCGGCAAGGUCCCGUGUCACCCCCAAAAUUACCCACUCAUGUUCUGCCAUGUGGCAGGCAGCCCUGAGCAGGACAUGUCCAUGACAUCCUGGCUGAACUCGGCCGAGGUCACCCAGGUGGUGGAGAAGGUACAAGAGAUCUACAACACCUGGCCUCACUGCUGGGGACCUCGGGAGCAGAGACACAUUUGUGCGGUCUCCCAUGGCGCCCAGGUCAGUGCGCUGAGGCAGGAGCUAAGGAGGAGGAACUUGGGUGAGGUGUCUGUGGGCAGCUUUGAGAUCCUGCCAGGGCGUGAGUUCCGGGUGGUGGUAUUGAGUUCCGUCCACAACCGCAAUAGUCUGCUCAGCCCUGGGGCACCAACCUCGGAAUUCUUUACUGAGCCUCGUGUGCUGAACACGGUCAUGACCCGCGCCCAGUCUCAGCUGGUGGCCGUGGGGGAUGCUGUGGCUCUCUGUUCCUCUGGAGCCUGCAGAAAGCUCUGGAAAAGCUUCAUCCGUGAGUGCAUAGAGCAUCACAGCGUCUUCCCCGAGGACCUGUCCCUGGGACAGAUCGAGCAGGGCGUGGCCCAGAGACAGCACUGGUCCUCUUUGACGCUCAGAGCUGGGGACCCAGAUGCAAAGCACACAGCCGUGGCGCAGGACCUGCAAAGGCCCGUAGCGGAAGGGACCACGGUCGCAGUGAAGACAGAGACUAGAGCCAGGGCGUCAGCCACAGCACAGACGGAGGUAGUAGCAGCAGAGGACACCGCAAGGGGAGACUCAGCCUCUGGAGACACAGCAGAAGGAGUGUCCACCCUGGAGGGUGGGCUGUCUGAAGAACCUGAGGACUCCGAAUCUGACUUCUGGCCCUCUGACUGGGAGCUCAACGCCGAUGAUGCCAUCUUGAAGGAGCUCCUCGAUGAAAGCCGGCAAGUGACCGUGACUGUCCGGGAGGAUGGGCUUCUGGACACCAUGAUUUGGCCCGCAUCCCCACAACAGGCCCGACAAUACACAAACCUACCCUCAUCUGUGCUGCGCAAGUUGCUGCGCUCAAACCCCAAGCAAUACCGCCGCUGCAGCUUCCUACAGGAGACGUUCGAGAGAGCAUUGGCCACUCCACUGGAUGACAUGGCCUCUAGCCCUAUCCAGGUCAGGGGUCGUCUGAACUGUGGGAUGGCCUUCACAGGGGAUGAGGUACUAGUACAGGUCCUAGACGCAGCAGAUAAUGACAGGGGCACCUCAGGAAGCCCGCAGGGUCGUGUGAUGGGCGUCCUGAAGAGGAGGAGACAUGAACUGACCUUUGUGUGUCGUAUGGAUGAGUGGGACCCCCGAAUCAUGAUCCCCAUCAAUGGUUCUGUGACCAAGAUUUUUGUCGCAGAGAUGAAGGACCCACAGCAGGUUCCCGUCCACCGCCUCAUUCAAGGCCAAGUGCAGCGCGUAAGGCACGAGAGUCUCAUGCCCGAGGACCGGAGCACACGGCUCUUCUGGGUCCGAAUUGUCCUUUGGAGAGAACGGUUCUACUACCCGCUAGGCAUUGUCCUGGAGGUGCUGCCCAAGGCCAUCACCUGGGAGCAGGGCCUUCAUAUCCUUGACCUAGAGCAUGGCCUCAGGGCCCACACACCAGACCCAGCCUCUGUUUCCAAGGCGUUGCAGAGAUACCACUCAGAGCUAAACAUGGCCACCGGUCAGCGAGAGGACUGCCGCCACCUCUUGACCUUCACCGUGGACCCCCAGGGUGCCCGCAACCUCGAUGAUGCUCUCAGUGUCCGGGAUCUGGGCCCGGUGUAUGAGGUGGCUGUGCACAUUGCUGAUGUGGCCAGCGUGGUACCCAAGGAUGGGGCACUGGACGUGGAAGCCCGCCAGCAGGGCUCCGUGUUCUAUGCCCCCAGCAGGGAGCCAGUACUCAUGCUGCCAGACAGCUUGUGCCAGGACGCGCUUAGCCUUCUGCCAGGCCGGGACCGCCUCACCAUCUCCCUCUUCCUCACCAUGGGGAAGGGCAGUGGCCGGAUCGAGAAUCUGCGAUUUGCACCCUCCGUAAUCUGCUCGGACCGCCAGCUGUCAUACGAGGAAGCUGAAGCACUGAUCAGGGGCCACCCUGGGGCUGGCCUGGAGCUGCCAGCCCACCUGGACUCUGUGGAAGCCUGUGUCGUGGCUGCCUGCUACUUCUCGUGGGCGCUGCGCCGCCAGCGCCUGCCAGCCACCUGCUACUAUGAGCCGCCAGAUGAGGACAGUGUGCUGGGCUUUCGCACAGCCCACAUCAUGGUCCAAGAGUACAUGAUCCAGUUUAACAGCCACGCAGCUGAAUUCCUGGUGCGCAGUAAGCACACACAGACGCUGACACCGCUGAGGUGGCAGCCCACACCCAGCAGGCACCAGCUUGACGGUGUUUUUAAGAAGCACAGAGGACUGGCGCCCCUGUCGCUGCACCUGUGCCACCACGUGGACUCCCAGUACACCCCCAGCAAGCAGCUGCAUGUCCUGGCUUCCCUCUGGAAACAAGUGCAGCUUGCAGCUGGCACUCACGACUACAGCCAGAUGGUGGACCUGAUUGCUGCAGAUGACAUGCACCCUUCUCUGGCUCCUUUAUGCCUGGACUUCCGAAAGGCUCUAGGCCGCUCUGUUUUUGUCCGUUCCAGACAGGGUGAGCAGCAACCCGCUGGCCACUACUCGUUGCAGGUAGAUUGGUACACAUGGGCCACCUCACCCAUCCGUAGGUACCUAGAUGUGGUGCUGCAGCGGCUGAUCCUAAUGGCAUUGGGCCACAGGGGCUGUACGUAUUCUACCAGGGACAUUGAUGGGCUCUGCCAGGACUUUAGUCGCCAGUAUGCAUGUGCCCAGAGUUACCAAAGGCGGGCCUAUAGCCUCUACCUGGCCGUCCAGCUGAAGGCCCAGCCUCGAUACAAGCUGGGCUUUGUGGUGGAUGUCGAGAUAGGUUCCCCGUGCUUCAAAAUGCUCUUCCCCAUCAACCGAGAAACCCUGCCCGACCCCUGCCCUGUCUACUACCACUCUCUGCAGCUGGCUGAACACCCCCAGGAGCUAGUGAGCCAAACAGGCCUGCGGCUUGCAUGGCGGCGCCGUAUCUACUCAGUGCAGACGUCCAAGCUGUCUUUACCAGUGCUGGGCACAGGUUUUGACCCACACACCCAGAUUAUAGAUGCAGCCCUGUGGACUCAGCUCCUGGAGCUGGUGAAGGAGCAGCGCUGGCCUGAGGUGGCUGCCCUCAUCCAGGAGCAAGGUAAGAAGCUUCCUCGUCGAAGGGAGAAAGUACAGAUACACCAGAGUCGCUGUGGACACUUUGUAGAGGUGUCCUACGAGCUGAACCGGGGAGAUACCCUGCAAGUACAGCUUGGUGCCAGCCUGCAGCGGGGCUUCCUGGCACCAACUCUGCAGCUGUGGACUGUGGUACCUGGCUUCAGCCUCUGUCUGGAGCACAUGGAACGGCCAGGUGACUGCUUUUCAGGCCAUGUGCACCAGACUCUGCAGGACCACUACCGAAAAGUAAGCGAGUACUCACGCGUGUGGGAGCCACUCUGUGCCCUGGAGUCACUUACCAACGCUGUUUCAGAAAAUGACUCCAUCGUGCUGCAGAAUGUGCACAUUUUCUGGGAUGCAGAUCGGACAUCAAGGGGACAGCUGCGGGGCACCUUCCAGCUGGAAGCUGCCUUUCUCCAGGAGAACUAUAUCAACGCCCACUUAGACUGUUGCUACCUCUGCAUUCGGCUUGAGGGGCUCCCUCUCCCGCAAGCCAGCCCACUCCCUGGGCCCAGUUGCCCUGGCCCCUUCCUGAGCAUUGACCCUGAUACAUAUACCUGGGUGGCCCAUGGGCUGGCUGGUGAUUGGGACCAGGAGAAUGUGGAGGAUCGGGAGGAGGUUCCCAGGCAGGUACAUUUCUUCAUCCACCACAUGGCCAUGGAGAAGGUUCCAGAAGAGGUGCUGAAACCUAGUGCUCGGUUCACUGUGGAAGUGAUAUCUAAGCAGCUUCCUGACCUCCGCAAGGAAGAAGCUGUGCGCAGACUGAAAGGGGCAUGCCCGCUGGUCAUCAGCAUCGCCUUGGGACGGCCAAUCCCUGAGCCCCCUCACCGGCCUCACCGGCCUCACCGGCCUCACCAGCACUCUUUCUUCAGGGCACCUACCAGCAGGUUCUUGGAGCGACAGAACUACAACAUCCCUGGUGGACGGCAUAAGCUGAACCCUAGCCAGAACAGAGCCAUCAGAAGCGCUCUGGAGAAGCAGUUCACAGUCAUCCAGGGCCCACCAGGCACAGGGAAGACCAUUGUGGGCCUCCACAUUAUAUACUGGUUCCAUAGGUCAAACCAGCAGCAAGUACCAACUGGCAGCAGCCCUGGCGGAGAGGAACAGCAGGGGGGGCCAUGUGUUUUAUACUGCGGCCCCUCCAACAAGUCCGUGGAUGUCAUGGGAGGACUGCUCCUGAGCAGGAAGACAGAGUUGAGGCCCCUGCGUGUGUAUGGGGAGCAGGCAGAGGCCACCGAGUUCCCGAUGCCAGGAGUCAGUAGCAGGACUCUAUUCGGCAAAACCUCUCAGGAAGGGAGGCCGAAUCAGAACCUCAGGAGUAUCACCCUUCACCACCGGAUCCGCCAUGCCCCCAAUCCAUAUGCAGCAGAGAUCAGAAAAUUUGAUGCCCAGCUUCGGGAAGGGAAAACAUUCUCAAAGGAAGAUCUUAUGGUGUACAAGAGAGUCUUGGGGAAGGCACGUAAAUAUGAGCUUGACCGGCACUCAGUCAUCCUGUGCACCUGCUCCUGUGCGGCAUCGGGGAGCCUGAAAACCCUCCGUGUUCGACAGGUCCUUAUCGAUGAGGCAGGCAUGGCCACUGAGCCAGAAACCCUUAUCCCCUUGGUGUGCUUCUCACAGAUCGAGAAGGUGGUUCUCCUUGGAGACCACAAGCAGCUGCAGCCUGUGAUCAAGAACGACCAGCUGCGAAACCUGGGGAUGGACCGGUCUCUCUUUGAGAGGUACCACAGGGAUGCCAUCAUGCUGGACACACAGUACCGUAUGCAUAAGGACAUCUGCUCCUUUCCCUCCAUGGAGUUCUAUGGGAGAAAACUGAAGACCUGGCCUGACCUGAAGCGUCCACCUAGCAUCCUGGGCCAUGCUGGCAAAGAGAGCUGCUCUGUCAUCUUUGGCUAUGUCCAGGGCCACGAGCAGAAGCUGCUGGUGUCCACCGAGGAUGGCAAUGAGAACUCCAAGGCCAAUCCAGAGGAAGUAACAGAGGUGGUCCGCAUCACCAAGCAGUUGACCCUGGACCGGACUGUGGAUCCCAAGGACAUCGCCGUCCUUACACCCUACAAUGCACAGGCUGCCGCAAUCAGCAAGGGCCUCAGGCAAAGAGGGGUCACCGGAGUGACUGUGACUUCUAUAACCAAGAGCCAGGGGAGCGAGUGGCGCUAUGUAUUAGUGAGCACAGUCAGAACAUGCCCCAAGAGUGACGUGGACCAGCGGCCAACCAAGAGCUGGCUCAAGAAGUUUCUGGGCUUUGUUGUGGACCCCCACCAAGUAAACGUGGCCAUCACCCGGGCACAGGAGGGCCUGUGCCUCAUUGGGGACCACGUAUUGCUACGCUGCUGCCCACUCUGGCAUCGUCUCCUAGACUUCUGUGAGGCCCAACACAGCCUUGUACCUGCUGAGAAGGUGCGGGUCCAGAGAAAGUCUGCUCUGUCCUCCUGAAGAGCCCUCGCCUGCCCAGCCUUUGAUGUACCAGCAGCUGAGGACAUGUCCCUCAUUCUUCUGCCAAGGCCCUGGGCAUAUAGUGGAUUGCCACAGCUCACAGUCCCAGAUGAACAUUAGUCAGCCACCUCUGCUAUCUUCUUGGGAGAGGCCCCAAAGAUACUGGCUGCAGUCAUGUAGCAGUGACAGUCCUACGGGUGGUGGCCUCUUCCUGGGCCGGAAGCAGAGUUAAUAAUGAUGACCUUCCUGUUUGUGCCUGAACUUGAGUGGAAGGGAAAGGGCUAGAGGUGGGCCCCUUUGCUCCUGACUGUGUUGCUUUUCCUGGGGCAUUUGGUGACUGGGACACCUCUUAGUGACCCCAGAGGACCCUAGGAUAUACCUUUGCUGUUACUAGGAGCAUCAACAGGAAUGAGACUCCUCUGAGCUGCACUUUGACACUGAGAUCCAUCUAUAGUUGCACUGGGCACCAUGCAUUCAUUUGUCAUAUUUUCUAGUCUUAAUAACCUAAAGAUAAUACCUCUUACUGGGCCACUCAGAAUGGGCAAGGAAGCCUUCCUGGAAGAAAGACUUUUUAUCUUUUACUAUUUAACUACCUUAUAUCCUGCAGGGCUACCUGCUAGGAUAGGGAGAGAGAAGGACACAGCUAAGCCAAAUGAUCACAACAGCCCUGUCUCCUGGGAUGUGAAGUAGCAGCCCUGCCUGUGGGCAGGCAGCUGGGAAUGAGGUACCCCAGUACCACUGGGGGGGGGCUAUGCUUCUUUACCAAGCUUUCAUGUCUAUAUCUAGGGCUUUAGGACAACCUAAAUCUAAAUUUUUUUUCUGCGGGACCGAGCAGGCAAAAAUCUCUCCCUUCAUGUCUCCCCCUUGUGCUCCCACCUCCUGGCAGUUCCAAGGCCGGAGCCACCUCCCUUCUCAGUGAGAAUCUCCUCUCCCGAGGACAGGGAUGCUACAAGCGAGCUGUACUACACCAGAAGAGGCGGGGCUCCCUAAGGCCUGGCUGCAGAGCCUUCUGUGGGAAUGACAUCUGGUGUUUUCUACAAAUGAAUUUCUACACAUUCCAUCUUUUAACCUUUUCUCAGGUUAUGCCUUCUGUAACUGGAUAAUUUUAUUAUAAAAGUUUCUCUGAAAGUU